CUGCAAAAGCUGCUCAGAACAGGCUUUCCUCGGGAAAAGCAGUGCCGUUCCUUUUUAGAAAGACUGAAUCUAAAUGUUGUCUCUGGAGACAAGAAGGCUUCAGUAUGUUAAAUUACUUUCAUUAUGUAUUUUCAGAGGCUUAUUGAUUGCACAGUGGGAAGAGUGAGAGACUGCAGCAGCCUCUAAGCAGCACUACACGUUCCAUACAUUAGCAGUCCUGCUGAAACAAUGGCACAGUACAGACACAUAUUUUCAUUAAGGUCAUUUUUGAAGAGCUGUUUACGACCCUCUUCCCCCAUCCUCUACUAACAAGUGAACAAAAUGAAUCAAUCAAAUGGAAAAUGCUUCAACUACAUCAAGAAUUUAUCAAAUCUUUAGCAGAGGCCCAUAACAACUAAUUUAGCAUUUACAACUGGCAAUAUGAAGAAUGCAACUGAGAAUCUCCCUGGGUCUCUAAGGCAUGAACUGCAAGAUAUUCUUGUAACACAUGAUUUUAAGAAACUAAAGAGUUAAAAGGAGGUACUAGGUCUACAGUACUGCUGGAAUAUAACAAAUGGACAGAAUUUCAAGAAGAUGCUAUAUAAAAUAACUCCAAAAAGAAAUACAAUAUAACUGUAAAAGCUUGAAAGCAAAAUGGUGAGCAUUUUUAAAUGGGGUGUUUAUAUUGUAACAUAACAGAAUUGUGGAAGCUACUGAGACUGGAAGAAAGAAUGAAACAUGAAUUUCAAAAAGGAGAAUGACAUACUUAAUCAGCAAGUAAAAUAAAGUUUUCCCAAGUGUUUUCUGCACAAAAUAUUCAGAUAUUCCAAUCAAUUGAUAUGACUAAUGGAUUUUUCCAUCUGAGUUUUAUGACCAAUUAUGUAUCCUCUUCUAAUGAAAACAAACCAAAUUAAAUAGCAGAUGGUUUUUAUCAAAAGAAUGUGGACUGGAUUUAUAAUACAAAACAAGUUAUGUUAUCAAGAAAUCACUUCAAAAUAAUGAGGGCUGCUAUAGAAAAAGACUUACAAUUGUAACAAAAGGAUGUCUAAAUACAUUUUUGAAGUUAGAAACCCUGUGUUUCUUUUUCUAUUUUCACAUAUCUUGGAACAUAAAAAGACACAUAAACUCCCUCAAAGGGAAACAUAAUUCCAUCAUUUGGGGAAAUUUCUCUUGGUCGUGACUUUUUAAAGCAAAACAAACACAAACAUUAUGUACUGUUCUUUAGAUAUCCAUCAGCCAACUAAAUCUCAUAAUUCACGCAGUUGAACUACUGGAGAGAAAAUUAAAGAAUUCCUACAAGACAUGAAAUAAAACACAGCCACUUCACUGUUGUCAGGGAAAAAACCAACUGCUCCAAAAGAAUGUGCUUUUCUCCCAUUCUGGAAAUCAACAUGCAGUCUGAAUCGAACAUUACAGUGCGAGAUGACAUUGAUGACAUCAACACCAAUAUGUACCAACCACUAUCAUAUCCAUUAAGCUUUCAAGUGUCUCUCACUGGAUUUCUUAUGUUAGAAAUUGUGUUGGGACUCGGCAGCAACCUCACCGUAUUGGUACUUUACUGCAUGAAAUCCAACUUAAUCAACUCUGUCAGUAACAUUAUUACAAUGAAUCUCCAUGUACUGGAUGUAAUAAUUUGUGUGGGCUGUAUUCCUCUAACUAUAGUUAUCCUUCUGCUUUCACUGGAGAGCAACACUGCUCUCAUCUGCUGUUUCCAUGAGGCUUGUGUUUCUUUUGCAAGCGUCUCAACAGCAAUCAACGUUUUUGCUAUCACUCUGGAUAGAUAUGACAUCUCUGUAAAACCUGCAAACCGAAUUUUGACAAUGGGCAGAGCUGUGAUGUUAAUGAUAUCCAUUUGGAUUAUUUCUUUUUUCUCCUUCUUAAUUCCCUUUAUUGAGGUCAAUUUUUUCACUCUUCGAAGUGGAAACACAUGGGAAAACAGGACCCUUUUGUGUGUCAGUACAAACGAAUACUACACGGAGCUGGGAAUGUAUUAUCACCUCCUCGUACAGAUCCCAAUAUUCUUCUUUACUGUUAUAGUAAUGCUGAUCACGUACACCAAGAUACUUCAGGCACUUAAUAUCCGAAUAGGCACGAGGUUUUCAACAGGGCAGAAAAAGAAAGCAAGAAAGAAAAAGACAAUUUCUCUAACAACACAUGAGACUACAGACAUGUCACAAAGCAGUGGUGGGAAAAAUGUAGUCUUUGGUGUAAGAACUUCAGUUUCUGUAAUAAUUGCCCUCCGGCGAGCCGUGAAACGACACCGUGAACGACGAGAAAGGCAGAAAAGAGUCUUCAGAAUGUCUUUAUUGAUUAUUUCUACAUUUCUUCUCUGUUGGACGCCUAUUUCUGUUCUAAAUACCACCAUUUUAUGUCUAGGCCCAAGUGACCUUUUAGUAAAAUUAAGAUUGUGCUUUCUAGUCAUGGCUUAUGGAACAACUAUAUUUCACCCUCUAUUAUAUGCAUUCACUAGACAGAAAUUUCAGAAAGUUUUGAAAAGUAAAAUGAAAAAGCGAGUUGUUUCCAUAGUGGAAGCUGACCCCAUGCCUAAUAAUGCUGUAAUACAUAACUCUUGGAUAGAUCCAAAAAGAAGCAAAAAAAUUUCCUAUGAAGACAGUGAAAUAAGAGAGAAAUGUUUAGUACCUCAGGUUGUUACAGACUAAGGAAAAUUGUGAAGUUCACCAAAUCUAUCUUCAGGAGAGUUUUAAAUUUAAAUUGUAAAACAUGAAAUUACUGCCAAAUAUAAGAAAAAACAUUUUAAGUAUUGGUUAUGUUGUAAAUUUUCAAAUGUGAAUGUCAAUUAGCUUAGGUCAUAUAUAUCAAUUUCUUCAUUACUUAAUGUAUUUGUUGCAUGGCAGUUUGUUAAAGUACUAUCAUGUGUAUAUUUUGUCAAUAAUAUGUCCAUCAGAAGAUAUUCAUGUAAGUCAUAUUUUUAAAGAAUAAAUACAUAGCCUUAAAACAGUGCAUAACUUAAAAAUGUAACUGAUACAGGUAUCUGCUUUUUAAAAAUAUAUAAAGUGUAUUGUUUCUAAAUCACAAACUACAGAUAUAUUUGUAUGACAACUGGAAUAGCCUUUAACAAGAACCAAAAUUACAGGCUCAAAACAGUCCACGAGUUUCUGUAUCACUGUUUGUUUCCUGGUAUAAUAUACUUGCUAUAUUAUAUCAUGUUUCAUAAGUAAUGAACUAUGUAUGAAACUUUAUUCUUCCUUUUGAAUGUAGAAAACCAUAAGCUUUAUUAGUACUUUAAAACCUCAAGAACCAAAAACAAACAUCCCUAUAUAUGCACACCAAGAUAGGGAAAUUUUUAAAGUUUAUUAUUGAAAAAGAAAAAAGACUGAUCUUCUAAGAUCAAAGAUACUAUGCCUAUAACAUUAAAAAUAAUAAUAAUAAUAACAGAGGAAAGGAAAAGCACCUUUUUCUUCCCUCCUUCAUUUGCUUGGUUCUAAGCCAAAUGUUCUAGGUCAUCAAAAUACUGAUUAAAAACCAGUGGUUAAAAUAAAGUGAUUUCUAACUUUAUUCAACUUGGCCUUUUUGUAUAAACUAAGUUAACCAUACAAAUCUGAAUACUAGAAAGAAGAAAAAAAGGAUUUUUUUAUAGUGCUAUAGAAAAGCCUAACAAAGCUGUUUCUAACUUUAGAUACAGAGCAACUAGAGUAAUACAAUUUAUACAAUGUUCCUAAGCAAUCACAACUCCCAAGCUUUUUAAAAUAAAGUAGAUCUGUUUCCACUCUGAAAAUAAUUAAGAUAAUGAUAAAUCCUGUCACUUUUUCUACUUCACCACAAUAUAAUAAUCAUUUUUCUCUUCACUCCUCAAUUCAUGUUAGAAAACCAUGAAAUUACUAAUUCUAACUAUAGAUUAUAAGAUUGAAAAUCUACAGCAAAUAAAUAUUUUCAAUUGGUAUAAUGUAAUAAUUUGACAUUAAGUGCUAAGAUCACUAUCAGAAAGAUAGCAAUAAGUUAUUUAAAAUAAGCCAAGUACUUGUUAUAGUGUAAUUUAUUAGCUGGACAGCAAUUAUUAUUUUUAAUACUAUAUUCACUUAAUAAUGUAAAACUCAUUUUUAAAUUAAAAAAGUCAGACAAUAUGUCAUUUUAUACAAAUAAAUGAAAUUCACCAAGUCUAGUUUACUAAAUACUCUAAUCCCUGAGGAAAUGAGCAUCAUGCAUUAGCUUGAAUUCACUGAGCUUACUGGCAAAUUAAAUAGUGAUUUACUUCUGAUAAUAAUGUUAACAUAAUGUUAAAUCUUGGCAAACACCCAGUUUCCUUUUGCUUUUCUUCCCACUGUUUUAUGGAAUUAAAAAAACCCUUCAGCUUGACAAAAUGUAGCAUAAGCAAGACUGAUUUUUUUUUUUUUAAUCCUGAAAAGAAACUAACAUAUCAUGGACAAAAGUGUUAAGAAAAUUUUUAAUCAAUAAACAUA